AUGAUUAUGAAGAAGAGAGAGUUGAACAAUCUUCUCUCUCGCUCUAUGCAAUUUUUACACCCAAAACAACACUGCUCCAAUUCCUCACACCACCCUCUCCCAGGUCUUCUUCCCUCCGACGAUGAAACUUCUUUGCACGAUUCUUCCCUCCAGUUGUCGCAACACUACGCAUUCCUCCGCAACUCUUUGCUCAAUUCCUCCACCCCCUCCGGUGACUCCUCUAACGAUGCCGUAUCCAUCUCCAACGCAAUCAGAACCGGGUUUGGCUCCGAAACCCAAAAUUUCUUGAGGCAGUUUCGGGGUAAGCUAAGCGAGUCUCUGGUUGUUGAGGUGAUGAAUCUCGUUAAACACCCUCAGCUGUGCGUCGAGUUUUUUCUGUGGGCGAGUCGUCAAAUCGGUUACACCCACACUCCUGUGGUGUACAAUGCGCUGAUUGAGUUACUGUGUUGCAAUGACGUUAAUGAAAGAGUGUCUGACAUGUUUCUGAUGCAAAUUAGGGAUGAUGACAGGAUGCUUCUUCGGAAGUUGCUCAAUUUUCUCAUUCAAAAGUGUUGCAGGAAUGGGAUGUGGAAUGUGGCGUUGGAAGAGUUGGGGAGGCUUAAGGAUUUCGGGUACAAGGCUUCUCCUACCACUUAUAAUGCUUUGAUUCAGGUUUUUCUUCGGGCUGAUAAGUUAGAUACUGCUUACUUGGUUCAGAAAGAGAUGUCCAACUCUGGGUUUUUCAUGGAUGGAUAUACUCUCAGUUGUUUUGCCUAUUCCCUUUGCAAAGCGGGGAGGUGUGAGGAUGCGCUGAGUUUGAUUGAGAAGGAAGACUUUGUGCCUGACACAGUUUUUUAUAAUAGGAUGCUUUCCGGGUUGUGCGAAGCUUCGCGUUUUGAAGAAGCUAUGCAAAUUUUGGAUCGAAUGCGGUUGAAUUCCUGCAUUCCCAAUGUUAUUACAUAUAGAACUUUGGUUUCUGGUUGUUUGGGGAAAGGGCAGCUGGGCAGGUGUAAGAGAAUUCUUAGCAUGAUGAUGACAGAAGGCUGUUAUCCUAAUCGGGAAAUGUUUAAUUCUCUUGUACAUGCCUUUUGUAAAUCCAGGGAUUACUCUUAUGCCUAUAAGUUGUUUAGGAAAAUGGAUAACUGUGGGUGCCAACCCAGCUAUCUGCUUUAUAAUAUAUUCAUUGGUAGUAUAUGCAGCAAUGAGGAGCUGCCCGACUCAGAUUUGCUGGAAUUGGCGGAAAAGGCUUACAGUGAAAUGUUAGAUUCAGGGGUUGUGUUAAAUAAGGUAAAUGUCAGCAAUUUUGCACGGUGUCUUUGUAGAGCUGGAAAGUUUGAUAAAGCCUUUAAGAUUAUAUGCGAAAUGAUGAGCAAGGGUUUCAUUCCUGAUGAUAGUACAUAUUCUAAAGUUAUUGGUUUUCUUUGUGAUGCCUCCAAGGUAGAGAAGGCUUUUUUGUUGUUUGAAGAAAUGAAAAAGAACGGCAUUGUUCCCAGUGUUUAUACGUAUACUAUUUUAAUCGAUAGCUUUUGCAAAGCUGGUCUUAUUCAACAGGCUCACAAGUGGUUUGAUGAAAUGUUAAGAGACGGAUGCAUCCCAAAUGUAGUGACUUAUACUGCUCUUAUUCAUGCAUACCUGAAAGCAAGAAAGGUGUUUGAUGCAAAUAAACUAUUUCAGAUGAUGUUGGUGGAAGGUUGCAACCCUAAUGUUAUUACGUAUACAGCUUUAAUUGAUGGUCAUUGCAAGGCUGGGCAGAUUGAUAAAGCUUGCCAGAUCUAUGCCAGAAUGCAAGGUGACAUGGAAUGCUCUGACAUGGACAUGUAUUUUAAGCUAGAUAACAAUGACUGUGAAACACCAAAUAUUAUUACAUAUGGGGCUUUGGUGGAUGGUUUAUGCAAAGCAAACAGGGUUAAAGAAGCCCGUGAAUUAUUGGAUACCAUGUCAAUUAAUGGUUGUGAACCUAACCAAAUAGUGUAUGAUGCUCUCAUAGAUGGGUUUUGCAAGACUGGAGAGCUUGAAAGUGCACGGGAGGUGUUUGUAAAGAUGUCAGAGCGUGGAUAUAGUCCGAAUUUGUACACUUACAGUUCUUUAAUUAAUGGUCUGUUUAAAGAGAAACGAUUGGAUCUUGUUUUGAAAGUGUUGUCCAAGAUGUUAGAAAAUUCUUGCACUCCAAAUGUUGUUAUUUACACAGAGAUGAUUGAUGGCCUCUGUAAAGUUGGAAAGGCGGAUGAAGCAUACAAGCUCAUACUUAAAAUGGAAGAAGUGGGUUGUUAUCCAAAUGUCGUAACUUAUACUGCAAUGAUUGAUGGCUUGGGGAAAUUGGGAAAAAUUGAACAGUGUCUUGAGCUAUAUACUAGUAUGUGCUCAAAGGGCUGUGCACCAAACUUUAUAACCUAUAGGGUCUUGAUAAAUCAUUGUUGUUCCGCUGGCCUUCUUGAUGAAGCACACAGACUUCUAGAUGAAAUGACACAGACGUAUUGGCCAAGGCAUUUGUCAAGUUACCGGAAAAUUAUUGAGGGCUUUAAUCGAGAGUUUGUAAUCUCAAUUGGGCUUUUGGAUGAGCUGAAUGAGAAUGAAUUAGCCCCAGUCGAGUCUUUAUACAGAAUUUUGGUUGAUAGAUUUAUCAAGGCUGGAAGACUGGAAGUUGCGCUGAAUCUACUUGAGGAGAUUUCAUCAUCUCCAAGUCUUGCAAAUGCCAACAAAUAUCUAUAUACUUCCUUAAUUGAGAGUCUGUCCCUUGCAAAUAAGGUUGAUAACGCUUUUGAGCUUUAUGCAAGCAUGACAAAUAAGAGUGUUGUUCCAGAGCUUAGCACAUUUGUCUAUCUCAUCAAAGGCCUUACCAGGGUUGGUAGGUGGCAAGAAGCACUACAAUUAUCAGACAGCAUAUGCCAAAUGGAUAUUUGCUGGCUUCAUGAAGAGAUAACCGUUGUGGAUUAAAUUUAUGAUGUACAGAACUGCUGAUUGAAUGCGAGUUAUGUAACUUAAAGAAAAUGAAUAUAGGUAGGAUAGAAGAAAUGGUUAAUCUGGUAAGUGAUUGCUGUUUCAUAAUCUCUAAUAUCUUAUGACACCUUUCAUUACUAUUGAUCUUCAACUGCAAAUGUUGAUUUUUGAGGAAAAAUGUUUUAAAGUGUUAGAAGUCUCACAUCUAAAGUGGGCAAAGGCUUCCUUUCUUCAUUUGCAUAUAUAUAGAAGUGUAAGUGAAGGUUUAAGAUGCACCAACAUUUCUUGUAUCCUCCUUGUAUUCAAAGAGAGGAUGUUGU